UGGCAAUUCAAUUCCACUCUACAGGUAAACAAAGUAGCAGAAAUUCCUAAAGGAAAAAAAGAUAGUAAAGUUGGUUUGUUGGUGGGUCUUUUAGUAGGUUUUCUUGCUGUUGGUUGCGUUCUCGGUUUUGGUUUGUUUCUUUGGUUAAAGAAGAGAGGAAGGUCAUCAAGGAAGAAUGAUGCCGAGACAGCAAAUUCAGACGUAAACAGUGAAUUUGAGAAAGGAACGGGACCAAAGAGGUUCUCGUAUCGCGAACUAGAAUAUGCAACCAAUAACUUCGAUGAGGGAGGAAAACUUGGAGAAGGAGGCUUUGGAGGUGUUUACAAAGGAUUCUUGAGCGAUAUGAACUUGAACAUCGCAGUUAAGAGGGUUUCCAAAGGAUCAAAACAAGGGAUAAAAGAAUACCAACCAGAAGUAAGGAUUAUUAGUAAUUUAAGGCAUAGAAAUUUGGUUCAACUCAUAGGAUGGUGUCAUGAACGAGAUGACCUUCUUCUUGUUUAUGAAUUCAUGCCAAACCGGAGCCUUGAUAAUCACCUCUUUAGAGGGGAACUUAUUCUUACUUUGGAAGUCAGGUACAAAAUAGCUCUUGGGUUAGCUUCAGCAUUAUUAUAUCUGCAUGAAGAAUGUGAACAAUGUGUGAUUCAUAGAGAUAUUAAAUCGAGUAAUAUAAUGUUGGAUACAAAUUUUAAUGCUAAACUUGGGGAUUUCGGUUUAGCAAGGCUUGUAGAUCAUGAUUCACAAAAUUGUUUUGGAAUUGUUGCACUAGAGAUUGCAUGUGGGAAGAAGGCAGUCGAUGUAUCUUUAGGAUUCUUAUUAGUAGAGUGGGUUUGGGAACUGUAUGGAAUUGGCCGGAUUCUCGAAGUAGCCGAUGAGAAAUUAAAUAAGAAUUUUGACGAACGACAAAUCAAACGGUUGAUGGUUUUAGGACUAUGGUGUGCUCAUCCUGCCUCCAAGUCAAGGCCGUCGGCUACUCAAGUGAUUAAUGUUCUUAAAUUUGAAUCUCCACUGCCUAAACUUCCACUUGAGUUACCAGCUCCGCAAUAG